GGCACAGACAGCCCAUUACCACCACUUUGCCCGUUUAUUCCCCUUCGUGCAGGCGUCGCCGUAUCCUCGCUUCUCGAAGCUCCCAUGGCGGACCAGCUCACCGACGAGCAGAUCGCCGAGUUCAAGGAGGCCUUCAGCCUCUUCGACAAGGAUGGCGACGGUUGCAUCACUACUAAGGAGCUUGGAACUGUGAUGCGAUCCCUUGGGCAGAACCCUACCGAGGCAGAGCUGCAGGACAUGAUCAACGAGGUUGACGCUGAUGGCAAUGGUACCAUUGACUUUCCGGAGUUUCUGAACCUGAUGGCAAGGAAGAUGAAGGAUACUGACUCCGAGGAAGAGCUCAAGGAGGCCUUCCGUGUCUUCGACAAGGACCAGAACGGUUUCAUCUCUGCUGCUGAGCUCCGCCAUGUCAUGACCAACCUCGGGGAGAAGCUGACCGAUGAGGAGGUCGAUGAGAUGAUCCGUGAGGCCGAUGUGGACGGCGAUGGGCAGAUCAACUACGAGGAGUUCGUCAAGGUCAUGAUGGCCAAGUGAAGGUCCCGUGAAAUAAGAUUGAAAUUAUCAGACGUACAAGCUGUACUUUGUUAUGUGCCUCUCAAGUACUCAUCUUGCGGGCGGUAAUGUUCGGUACUAUGGGGUUUAGGUGGUGUAGUGUUCGGGGAACAACAUUGGACACCUGGUUUGUUUUCGUUGUGGUACUUAUCUUGCACCUGUUGGAUCGUAGAAUUUGUGGAGGUUCGUCUCAUCCUGGAUUUUGGGCGCUUUGUGCAAAUCUCAUCUUUCAUCUGUCAAUUUAGCACCGCAGUGUGCUUGUAUCAUAUGCUCUGUUUGUUUGACACUCCCAUCUGUUCGCUGGAACCUGGAAGUACACUGAAUGGGGGCUGUUCGGCAUUUU